AUUUUUCGCUAUGACAUUCGGAUACAUAUUUCGUGUGGCAAUUUGCCGCGAUAACAGGGUUUUCCAGUUUAACUGUCUUUCUAUAUGUAAGCUUGAAAAUACUGAAAUAUGGCAACUCCAGAUGGCAGACGAGUGAACAGACCUUAUAGAAAAGCAUCAGAAUAUCUAGCAACCAAGCAAUCACCGUAUAAUGGGCCCAAGACAAUCGUAGCUCUGGAAGCAGAAAACUCGGAACUUCGUGAAAAAUUAACAACCUCUGUCCGAAGACUGGAAACGAUGGAAGUGGAAUUCGAACAAAGUCGCGAAUAUUUUGCGACUCAACUUGAUGUGGUUCAGGAUAAACUGAACAGAACAACACAAGCCUUGAAAUUAAUGCAACAGAGUUACUCUGAACUCCAGUCCAUCAACUAUGAAUUGGAACAAAGAGUUCUGAAGGUAACUCAACUUGAAGACGAAAAGUCACAACUGACGUCAGAUGUUCAUGAAUCGACAAACAGAUUAACGGAAACUCUGAGUGCUUUAUAGAGAACUCAGAAAGAAAAUCUGUGACUGCUGAUUCAAUGAUUCUCCUCGCGCAAGAAGAACUGAAUAGACAGCAAAAAACGGAAGAAAUCAAUGAAAUUUGGAAAGAAGAUUGAAAACAUUGCAAGGAAUGUCACCUCAGAUUGAUUUAUGUGCACCGAUAUCGAAACCUCGUACUUUAAUGACCUUUCGGACGAAGAGGAAUUAGAAAUAAUUGAGCGACUGACGGCGGAAGCCAGAUUAGAAGUUUCCCUUGCUAAUAGACUAGGUGGCAGCACAGAGCAGUAUGACAUGAACGUGGCGGUUACAGGUUUCAAACCUUCUGAGAAGGAAUCCAGUGAUCUGCCAUGGUGUAACGAGGACGCAUCACUGAGGUGUUACGGCUCCGAAGGAGAUCUUUACUGCCUCCGGUGUUUCAAAGAAGGACAUGACAGUCAUGAAUUGAACGACCAUAAGACUUCAAAAUAUUCCGCACCUAAGAAUAUGGACUACGACUUAAUUCUGGGAACAGGAUUAAUUUGAUCUUGAACAAGUUCGGAAAAAUAAUAUCGAACUUUCUGAAUUCAUAUUUAACAGAAAACACAUAGAUGUCAAAUUUAACAUCUAUUACUGGAAAAAUAACAAUUCGGUAGUUGACCAAAAAUUCUAGUUGAAAAUGCUGCGGUACUCGAACACCUGAGUGUGCCAUUGAGUGAGACAACGUCACCCAAACCAAGAUCUCGGUUUCCUCUUGACUAUUCAAAUGAGUGAUGCUCAAAUACGGACACGAAGGCCAAAACAAAGUAGUACGUGUAUGCGAUCUGUCACAGUAGACAAUCGGUACACAAUCUUCACGACUAUCGCGAGAGCGGAACCGCCACAAGUUGCGCAAUUUUUGGUGACAUAAUCGCUCACAGAUACGAAUCCCACAUAAUUUGCUUAAAAGUGCAGUAACUGAUAUAAGAUUUUGGGUACUCCCAAGGUAUGUGAACCAAGGUGGCGGACACCGGGACGUAGUAUGUGUACCAGGUUAGGGUCAGGCCAUAAUUUCAGGUACAAAUACUACGGGA